GCCUAUUUGUUACAGAUCUGAUCAGUCGAUUGUUUUUAAGUAGCAAUGAUGGCAACAUUUCCGAUGGAACCUGAAGGCAGCAAACGUCGACUCCUAAUUGGAGUCAGAUUUUCAGCGCGAGGAGUGGCUUGUUCAACUUCUGCUUCCCGAGACAACGCAGUCAUCUUCCUCUUAAGAUGGUCGAGCGACUAGUUUGGUAAACAACUGGGCGAAAAGAUUACUCAAGAAGUGUUUAAACCGGUGGACAUAUGUACUGAAAGUGAAGCCAUGUAUUCGCGUGCUUCAGUUUGAGGAUGGAGUCAUCGUGUCUGGACCUGGCUCUGGAAGGUGAGCGGCUCUGUAAGGCUGGUGACUAUCGUGUCGGUGUGUCCUUCUUUGAGUCUGCAAUCCAGGUUGGAACCGAGGACCUUCAAAUCCUUAGUGCCAUCUACAGCCAGCUGGGCAAUGCCUACUUUCACCUACAAGAGUAUAACAAAGCCCUGGAGUACCAUCGCCAUGACCUCACACUUACUAGAACAAUUGGAGAUGAACUUGGUGAGGCAAAAGCCAGCGGCAACCUUGGGAACACAUUAAAGCUUUUAGGACGGUAUGAUGAAGCAGUGGUUUGUUGCCAAAGACAUUUGGAUAUCACCAGAGCCAUGUAUGACAAGGUUGGGCAGGCUCGAGCGCUGUAUAAUUUCGGGAACGUAUACCACGCCAAGGGCAAGAGCAUCUGCUGGACUGGAGCCGAGCCAGGAGACUUCCCAGAGGAGGCCAGGAUAGCCCUGAGGAAAGCUGCACAGUACUAUGAAGCAAACCUGUGCCUGGUGAUGGACUUAAGCGAUCGGGCAGCCCAAGGUCGUACCCAUGGUAACCUUGGAAAUUCUUACUAUCUUCUGGGUGACUUUGAAAAAGCAGCAGAUGCACACGAAAAGCGGCUGCUCAUCGCCAAAGAGUUUGGGGAUAAGUCUGCUGAGAGACGGGCCCACUGUAACCUUGGCAAUGCUCACAUAUUCCUCAGCCAGUUUGAAGUGGCGGCUGGUCAUUACAAGAGGACUCUGCAGCUGGCCAGGCUUUUGAAGGACAAAGCCGUGGAGGCCCAGGCCUGUUACAGUCUGGGCAACACCUACACACUACUGCAAGACUAUGAGAGAGCCAUUGAUUACCACCUCAAACAUCUGGUCAUUGCUCAGGACCUAAAUGACAGAGUCGGUGAAGGACGAGCAUACUGGAGUCUGGGAAAUGCCCACACCGCCCUGGGGAAUCAUCAGCAAGCCAUGUACUUUGCAGAGAAACAUCUGGAAAUUGCCAAAGAGACUGGAGACAAAAGUGGCGAAGUGACAGCAAGGAUGAACUUGUCGGACCUACGGCUGGUCGUAGGUCUGAAGUCCAACUCCAGCAUUCCCCCCAACAUCUUCCGCAACACCAACACUAAUAGCUCUGCACUGCCAUUAAGCUACCAGGGUUACCCCAGCCUCCAAGGGGUCAAGUCUUCAGCAAGGAUACUCGGCAGUGCAGAGAACCUGGGACUGAGUCCAAGUCCAGACAAAAAUCAAACUGGAGAUUCAUCUGCUCAUCCAGACUGGGAAGAAGACGUAUUCCCUGGAUCUUCAAAAACCAACACAAUCAUGGCUUCCACGAAGCUCUUCCUCUUCCAUCGGCUGAAAAGCAAGAAGCAGAAGAACCCCAAAUCCUCUCCUAAAGACCAGGAUGAAAACUGCACCGAGCACUCGGCUCCUGAGCUGGAAGCACCGGUGUCUCCAAAGCCUGGAUCACGGGACACCAUUGGAGAGGAUGGCUUUUUCGACCUCCUCUCUCGUUUCCAGGGCAACAGAAUGGACGACCAAAGGUGCUCCACUGCUCCUUCCUUUCCCUCCUCCACCCCACCUGUAGCUGAAAGGAAACCUAUUUUGGAGUGCGAAACACCGUUGCAGGAUCCUGGUCAUUUCCUGGAGCUGCUGGCCAGCUCCCAGGCCCGUCGUCUGGACGACCAACGAGUCAGCCUGAGCCAUUUUCCUGGCUUACGUCUCAGCACAUCCAACCUGCUUCGUACACCCUCCACCUCCAGCACAGAUCAACUCCCCCCUCAAGCCCCGACCUCCUGCACAGAUUCGCCUCACAUACCCUCCCUGUACAGUCGCCUCGAGGCCAGUGCUGAGCAGCCUGAAGGGGAUGACGUCUUCUUCGAUAUGCUAGUUAAAUGCCAGGGCUCCCGACUGAACGACCAGCGGUGUGCUGCUCCACCUUCUAAAUCUAAGGGACCAACUGUUCCAGAUGAAGAUUUUUUUAGUCUCAUCCAGCGUUCCCAGUCCAACCGGAUGGAGGAGCAGCGAGUCCUGCCACCUCCUGACGUAACCCAAUCCAAACCCGACUGACUCCAUGAGUGAAAAAUCACUUCGGAGACAAGAUGAAGUAACAAAGCUUCCUUUUUUUUUUCUUUAUCAAGUUGAUUUUUUUGGAACCUCAAUACUUGCACAAGGCUGCAAGAGACACUAAGGAAUCAGGGUCUCAAACAUUACAAAACGGGUCACUGUAAACAUAGGAAUUUAGGUGUGCAAGACAUAUGGACUUGUUUUAAGAUGUCUGACAGCAUCUCUGGGUAGUCAUCACCUUUUUUGUGGUGCCCAAUGCUGGGUGUUUUUAUCAAAGACCUCCCAGUGGCGUCUGCAUCAAACCAUUCACACAAACUGGGUUGUGUUGUUUGGACUAAAGGCACCAAGGGACAUAAGCCAAACUGAAGGGAUUUCUGCUUUAUGAUGAUGGACAAGAAGAAGAUUAUAUGAACCUCUCAAGCUAUUAAGCAAAUUGGAAUGCAUAUUCUGCCUAUUUGCGAUUCCAUUAAGGCUUUAAGAGCAACUUGAGUUGAUCUCUCCAACAAUAACUCAACAUUUUCUCUGGGAAAAUCAAGGUCCACAUCCACCGCUACUACUGCAGUAGUGACUGCUUGAGCCAUUUAUGGCAUCUAUUGGCCUCCCAAUAUUGCUUCUCAAGACUUGUAUGGGCGGAGCUAUUAUUGCCAUGACCAGAAAUGGGAUUUUUAUUUUUUGCAACAUUACAACAAGGAAUGAAUUAAUGUGAGGAGAACAUUUCUUUCUUUUAGCUUUUGUAUUGUAACCUUCUCUUGACAAUGGAGAAAUAAAAUCUUGCGAGUUUACAGUUCA